AUGCAUGUGGGGCAGUUGACUUUGGUAAGAGUAUUUUCAACAACAGAUUUUCCAACGUUACGGAUACCAGCACGUAUCAUAUUGAAGAACGUCAGUUGGUUCACCGGUGAAAAAGAUUUGAAAUUCCAUUUUGGUCGUUUUGGCAAGGUGCAAAACGUCAAACUGUUAUAUGAUUGGGAAACAGGUUUGCACAAGGGUUUUGCGUUUGUUGUUUUUGAGAGCAUUGACGACGCAAUAAAGGCUGUACAACAACGAAAUCAUUAUAUUAACGGACGACAGGUAAUUGCAAAAAUUGCAUUACCGAACUCCAGAAAACAGCAGAAGUAG